GGGUGAGCAGUGAGCAGCAGUGAACACACCCAGGGAGGCCACAGUCACACAGCCACACACAGCCACGGCCCAUCUCCACCUUAAAGUGUCAUUCCCGCUACUACUGACGCCCCCCGUGUGCUUCUGGCAGGGAGGAUGAGUGACCGCUAGUGAGGAGGCAGGGAGAGGAAGUGUUGCGAGCAGCGUGAAGUGCGAGAAGGAAGCGAGAGGAAGGCAAAGUGUUCAGAGGAGCCUUGACGGGAGUGGAGGAAGGGAAAGAGGGAGGAGGCGAGGUAGGAUGAGCGGCGGGAGGUGGAGGAGGAGGAGGCUCACGGGAGGAGGUAAGGAGGCCAGGUGACCACAAGGCGCAGGAAGGACCCUCUCCGGCCUUCUUAAUGCUGGAGGCCGGCGAGUACCAGCGCGUGGCCCUCGAGUCACCCUCACAGUCCCCCACCCAGUCCAGUGACCGCCUCCUGGACAACAAGUGCGUCCAGUCCAGCGCCAGCUCGUCCUCGGAGGACAACCUCGACCUCGAUGUGACCUCCACCGCCCAGGUGAAAAUGGCGAGUGUGAAACGGAAAUGGCAGAUCUUCCCGGGACGCAACAAAUUCUGCUGUGACGGGCGGAUCAUCAUGGCGCAGCAGACUGGCAUCUUCUACUUCACCGUGGGGCUCAUUGUGGUCACCAGCGUCCUCUUCUUUGUCUUUGACUGUCCGUUCCUGGCGGUGAACCUGACGCCAGCCAUUCCUGCCGUGGGUGGCCUCCUGUUCAUCUUCGUCAUGUCAGCACUAUUCCACACAUCCUUCACUGACCCUGGCAUCAUCCCCCGCGCCACGGUGGAGGAGGCCGUCUACACUGAGAAGCAGAUAGAAGUACCAAACUCAGGCAAUGGUCCUCGUCUGCGGCCGCCGCCCCGCACCAAGGAGAUCACAGUCAAUGGCGUGACAGUCAAGUUAAAGUACUGCUUCACCUGCAAGAUCUUCCGGCCCCCGAGAGCCUCCCACUGCUCCAUCUGUGACAAUUGUGUGGAGAGGUUUGACCACCACUGUCCAUGGGUGGGGAACUGUGUAGGAAGAAGAAACUACCGCUACUUUUAUCUCUUCAUCAUAUCUCUUGCCUUCCUGUGUGUCUUCAUCUUCUCCUGUGUCAUCGCUCACAUUGUGAUAUUUAUGAAGAAUGAGAAUGCGACUUUCAUGGCAUCAGUGCAGCGGAAGCCAGCUUCAGUGAUCGAGGGCGUCAUCUGCUUCUUCUCUGUGUGGUCAAUACUAGGCCUUGCUGGCUUCCACACCUACCUCACAACCUCCAAUCAAACCACCAAUGAAGAUAUCAAAGGCUCCUUCACAGCCCGGCGAGGGGAGGCCAAUUUUAACCCUUAUGGUUAUGGCAAUUUCUGCCUCAACUGUCUGGCUGUUCUGUGUGGCCCAGUGCAGCCGAGCCUCAUUGACCGUCGGGGAGUGGUGACCUCAGAGUACCUCACCAUUACCCAGGGCAGGCCAGGGGACAUCCAGGCUGCCUCCAGGACCUAUGGCACGGUGUAUACUGCCCAGCCCACGAAUGGCCUAGUUUCUCCUCGGGCUGGGUCGGAGGGUCCUGCAGGCACACAUGGGGCCAAUGGUGGUGUUGUUGUUGGUGGUGGUGUGGGGGCCAGUGUGGUGCCUGGCACUGUGCCUGUCAUGGGUGGCGGAGCCAUUGCUACAGAGAAUUCCAUCUCCACGGGCUCCCUCAAAAAGAAGUCUGUCUCUUCACAGUCUGUGAAUGGGAAAGACGUGGUAGGUGGCGGCAGCGGCAGCCUGGGAGCCCCGACGCCAGCCACCCCACACCAGGGGACAGUGGUGGUGGGACCCACCGGGACACCCCCAGGAGACUUGUCAGUGACAACUGGGCCAGGGGUGGGGGUGGGGGGAAGCCAUGCAGGGGUCACCUCCAGUCAGCUGUACCUUCUAGACAGCUCUUAUGAUCUUGACCUGGAUUCCAUAGAUGGCUCUGUGUCCCAACCCUCACAUUCCGAGUCCUCACAGCUGGGACUGAUACACAGCAAUGCAGUAUAGACCCCACCACUCCCUUCCCCCACCACCUCCCCUUAGUGCAGUCUGGCCCUCUGGUGACGCUCGGGUCCAUCAAUAGUGCUGACCUUGGCAACGUGGCAGGAAGUAAUCUGCUCCAGAGACUCGUUGUGUGUCUGUGUGGAGAGCUGGGAAUAUAUUGUUUUGCUGAACUGUUGUGAUGAAGCUCUGAAGAUCUGGGGAAAAUUUUGCACUAGAGAAUGGAGAGAGUUGAGUGAAAAGCAAGCCCUUCCUUUAAUGAAUCACACAUGACUUUAACUCUCUAUGUAACAAUUUGCACAAGCAGUCUUAUGUUAAGAUUUGUAGCUCCAUUGCAUACUUCAGCCUUCAGUAGCAAGUUGCUGGUGCUGCAUAAAACAUAUGUUUAAAAUGAAAGAUUUCUAAUAUUGUUACAUGAACUCUACAUUACGGUGAUAAUGUUAAUGUCUCAAAAAUCAUACUGGGAAUAUAACUUGAAUUUCCAUUACUUUCAGAGUUAGCUUUACCUAAUCUCAUCAUAUACACUCAUUUCUUUAUGUGGUCUUCAUGCAAAGCCAAAUUUGAUGUUGUUGGUGUGUGUUGUAGGAACUUUGUUAUAUAAAGUCAAAGUUUAUAUUUAAAUUCCAUUUUGACAACAUCUUCAUGCAGUGAGAAGAGGCUAAAAAGAUUGUGGUCCUGAGGCACAAGAUCCUGGAAACCUUGAGGUCUUACUGGCCUCCCCAUUGUUAGUCAUGAGUGUUGCCAGGACAGCCUUGAAGGGCCAACUAAGGAAAGAGAGCAGUGUAGAAAAAGCCAGCCGACUGAUGGACAGACAUGCUAAUUGUCGUGUGUAUUAUGCACCUGCACCUACCAAAGUGUACAUAAUGCAGUGCUGAUGCUACAGAUUAUAUAUAUAUAGAUAUAUAUAGUGUUUGGUUCCUUGAUGGACAUUUGUGUUUGUAAAUUUGUUAAUAUGCAAGGAUGGUCAGAAUUUUGACUUGCCCUACAUGUCUGUGUGCUUAUAUUUCUACAUUCAGAUGUGUGCGUUUGUACAUACAUACUUAUAUCCAGACACAGACAAUUUUAUAAUUUGCGUCACUAUUUUCUAAAACUGUUUUGCAGUUUACAUGUAUUUCCUUGUAGUUUUGGAAAUCUGGUAGUAAGAUUCAGAUAGUUUCAGGUGUUUUAUGUGUAAUACAUAUUUUUAUUUUUGUAUGCUUGAGUAACAGAUGUGGAAGCCAGAAAGUGUUUAACCAUAACCAAAGUUUUUCUCUGUGCUCCUUCCCCUGCUGUUCCGAGGCUAACAGUCAGCUAUGUCUUGCCACGAUGCUGGUGAUUAAUGCAUUCUUAACACUUCAUAGUAAUGUUUUGUACUGUUACCAUGGCUAAACAACAUUAUUGUUUAUGAAGAGCUUGGAUGCAAGUCAGUAGUUACUUAUACAUACUAUAAUUAUGUUAGGGAUGGAAAAGAAGAGAAAUUUCAAUUUACAAUAUGGAAAUCCUUUUAUAAACUGUACAAGAUGAGUCAUGUUGAUAUUUUUAAAACGUGUAAAAUUUAUUAAUGGCUUUCAAGAAUGUAUCUGUUUAACCUUGAGAGUCCAAAGAAUAUCCUCAUGUAGCUCUGUUGGUCCUUUCUUCACUGAUUGGACUCCACAAACCUAGUUUUAUGUUUCUGAAUUAGAGAUUAAGUGGGUACAUGCUGUGUUGAUAGAUUCAUAAAUAGUGAGAGUGUUUGUGGUUAGUGACAGUGAAGUGCUAAGGUGUGAUUGUUGCAGUGACAUCAAGUGAGGAAGGGAAGACCAUUGUGCUGUCACCACCUGUAAAGUGUUUGCAGUUUUGAAUCAGUUGCAUUCCAUCUUGUGCUCUGUGAAGCAGCAUCCCUUUGUCCACUGUUCAUUAAUUACUCAAAGCAAAAAGAAAGCUAUAUAUAUUGUGGAAAGAAAGCUACUAGAUUAAAAUAUGAGAGAGAAAGUCAGCCUGUGGUGUGUGUGUGUGUGUCUGUGUCUGUGUCUGUGAACAUGUAAGAGUGCAGAUUAAUGAGUGUGUGUGUGUGUGUGUAAGAGUGCAGAUUAAUGAGUGUGUGUGUGUAUACAUGAUGGCUUUUGUACUGAAACUAAAGGUCAGUGCAGUUUCUCUCUCUCUCUCUCUCUCUCUCUCUCUCUCUCUCUCUCUCUCUCUCUCUCUCUCUCUCUCUCUCUCUCUCUCUCUCUCUCUCUCUUUUUCCAGCAGUUUCCUACUUCCAAACAACUUAGUGUUUACAAGUGGAUUAAUGGAAAUUUCCUGCAAAGUCAGCAAUAGUUCAUGGUGUUUGUGAUUGGCCCAGCAGUGUUGAAUGCAGUGACUGGCUGUCUCUGUGUGUUGAAGUGUUGAAUGUCCUUUGAGUCUAACAUGUGAUUGCUCUUAGGAAACAGAAUUAUUAUUAUUAUUAUUAUUAUUUUAUUUAUUUUUUUAUUUAUUUAUUUAUUUAUUUUAUUAUUUAUUUUUUUUAAUUAAAAAUUCUGUUGUAGAUUGAAUAUAUAUAUCAUUGGACCCACCAAAAAAUAAGAUAACUAUAUCACCUGUCUAGAUGCAUCUAUCUAUCUAUCUAUAUCUGUAUCCACUGCUUUGUCCCUUGUGGUGACUUCCUUCAAGUGAUUGUCCAUGAUGAAAAGUAAAUUUUCUCCUGUUCCAUCCAUGAUCCUAAAUGUCUGAUCAAAUUCUUGCUCUCCAUCUCCCUGUAACACUUGUCCCAUUUAUUCAGCCAUUUAAUGUUAACCUCCCUCUUAUCUUCACUCUCACUUAUGUAUAUUCUUCACAAUCUCAUUCUCAUUCAUUCUUGUUUUAUAUCCGGCCAUCUCAAUGUGACAAGUGUAUUCAUUCAAUCUGUUCUCUUGGCUCUUUCAACUAAGCUAAAAAUCUCGCACACAUCCACAUUGCUGUCUCUCUUACUUCUUGACUGCCCAUGAUGCAUCUCCACUGCACAUAAUCAUGACUGUUGUGCUGCAUUCCAUGUCCAUAUCUGUGAUAUAUACAUCAGAUUAGGAAGAUGAUGAUUCUUCAUGUACUGCUCCUUAUUUCUGUGUUAGCAUUUGAUAAUUCCUCAUAAUGUUUGAGCUGCUGGUAAGUGCUUCAACUCCAUUGUUUACUUCCACUCCAGUCAACACAAUCUUCAACACUUCAUACUUCUCAUCUUGGUCUCUAGGUUUUUAAUUUUUUAAUUUUAAUUAAUUUAUUUAUUUAUUUUUUUUUUUUUAAUACUAACACUAUUUUCAUACUGACACUUGACUUUUGACUUAAUUCUUAUAUACACCAAAUUUCCCCAGCAUUAAGUGGGUCUGGUCAGCCGUGACUGAUUCAUAGGCCAGAAAAGACUUUGCUGCUUCAUUGCAGGUAGCAUUGACCUGAGUAUUGUGGCAUCUUUCCUCCAAGAGUAUGGGAUACUUUGAAUUUUUUUAAAGACAAAUGUAACAUUUUCUAACAUUGCAAUGCCAGUUUCAUUGCAUCAUUAGUAAAGAGUUCCAGCAUUGGGAGUAUUGGAUACCAUUCAUUCUGAGCUCAGCAUCCUUGUCUUCAGCUUACCUUGUGCCACAUGUAUAUAUAGUUAGCAGCCAUGUUAAUACCAGAAACCCUGUCUCACUCCCACUUCCUCUCCUUGACUCUCUCCACUUAAUACAGACCCUUCACCACUGUGGUAGAAUGUCCUGAUCAUUGACAGACAGACAAAAUGGACGUGUAGUAAACGUUGCAGGCAUCAAACACCCAGAGCCACAGAGCCUUCUCAUCUGUCCCACCUGGUCAUUUAUGUGCCUUCUAGAGACUCAAAACAGCAAGGAGCCUCAUUGUGACUGAUUACCGUUUUAUUAGGAAAAAUGUGAUCCAUGCAUACUUGUUCAAAGUUUACCCAUCCCUUAGUAAGUGUAUCUCCUUGUGGCUGAUGAGUCAUUCUUGUUCCCCUUCAUCCUGUGUAAUGGGACAGUUGCCUUUAAAGGAUUUCAGCCCAUUUGAUCGAUAGAUGGAUCAUUAUUAUUGUUAUUUGUGCUUUAUUUAUAUAUUAUAAUUGUUUUUCAUUACUGGCUGGAUGGCAUAGUGGUUAGUGUCCAUUGCUCACAGUUAUGAAGGCUGAGGAUUGGACAGACCCUGGACCAAGUGGGACAGUUGGACGGAGCUCUUAUCACACUGCUCUCUGUUUCAACACCAGAGAUUCAGCUGAGGAGUUGUGACCUUGUAGCCUACCCUGAGUGCAAGACUAGUAAUUGUGUGUGUGUGUGUGUGUGUGUGUGUGUGUGCACGCACGCACGCGGAUAUAUGUGUGUGUGAGCAUACAUGUGCGAGUGUGUUUACUAAGAGAGAUCAGAAUACCACAUCACUUGGGAUGAAAGAAAGGAAUGUAUUUGAUACAAGAAAUGUUGAGUUGAUUUUCUAUAGAUUGAUUUUUUUAUUGAUUUUGUUUAGGCCCAAAUUACAUAGAAAAGAAAAAAAAUCUGUAAAGAGCUAUAUAUAUUUUUCAUUCAACUUGCAAAGCAAGUUACCUUAUGAAAUGCUGAACGACUCAAAAAAUACUGUUUCCAGCAAUAGAAAACUCGUGAGAAAUUCUCCUUUGACUGUCCUCCACAAACUGUUAAAAGGCCAUUACUUUUUUUUUUACCCAUUGUAGACCAAUUGUGUCCUCUCUUAUCUGAGUCUGGUCCAUGACUGACCCUUACCAUUUGAUACUAAAAUGUUUGGGUGUAGUCGAUCCAAUCGAGGUGUACAUUGGCACCAGUGAUUCCUUGCAUACAAUAUAACGGCGGUGGAUGGUGCAGUAUAGAAGCUGCACCUCCCGCCCUACUCUUAAAGACUAGGUGUUUGAUUCUGUACCUGGCAUCAUUGGCUGGGAGAGCUAGUGCCUCCUGUCUCCCCCCCCCCCCUAGCAACACUACAUGACCUUUGUUUAGCAUGAGUGUGAGUCUAUUUCACCAUUUCAGAUCAUGUGUAGGUGGAGGCACCUUCAUCCACAACUCACUGAAAUGGUGACACGUAGAACCCGUCUUGAGCCAGUGAUUAUGUUAGAAUGCCAACAAUGUAAUAGCUAGUUUUCUAUGGAAGAAGAUAAGAUUUAGUUAAAAGGCUGUUCAAUCAUGUUAUAUAUACUAUACAUAUAUAUUUAUACUAUACAUGUGUGUGUGUGUGUGUUUGUGUGUGUGUGGGUUUGUAUGUGUAAAGUUAUGUGAUAUGUAAACUGCUUUCUUUGAUUUUUUUUUUAUUUUGAUAGAAAUAAUGAUUUGAUUUGUGUGUAUGUGUGUGAGAGGAACCUUGGCCCUGGAGGAGAGUGGAUCAGGCCGUUUACUUGUGAGGGUGUACGAAUCUUGACUAUUUUGUUAUUCCACCUUGGGAGCUAGACAUUAAUUUAUGUUGCGUAUAAAUGAAGGACGUCCCUAAUGAGGUAGUAUCUCGUAACAUUGAAGGGGCCUUGUGUGGUGUACAAUGAUAGUCUUACCUGUAGACAAAAAAAAGAUAUACAGACUGACAGGAGAAUUGUAAGAGGAGUGCAUGCAUCUGCCUUUGUAUGCUUGUAUGUGAAUGUGUACAUGCAUGUAUAUGUAUGUAUGCACUUGAAAACACAUUUUCUUGUUAAUAUUCAUUCAUGAUAACAUUUAGCCAAUUUCUGCUGUUUUUGGCAGCUUUGGUUUUCAAUCAAUCUCUUAUUCCACAUGCUCUUAGCAAUAUGUAGCCUCACAACACUGUCCUGAGAGUCGGCCCCCUGCUGAUCCUUACUGUGGUCUGUGAGUGAGCCGCAUCAUUCCUGCGACAGCAAUACUCAGCACAUGAACUCAGUGAGGUGAUUGUGUUGCCAGUCUGAGUGACUUUAUAGUGUUUCUCAGUUUCUUGUUCUCUCAUUAGAAGGGGAAUAGGAGGCAAGUAGUCAUGAAGAGGAAAGCAGAGGAUGGAGAUAAAGAAAAUGUAUCUUCGAAAAGUGAGACAUUAUGCUCAAUGCAAUAUUCUGCUCUAAUGUUUGGUAUUUACAGAAACUUGAGAAUGGUAGUAGGAAGGUAUUCUGUCCAAAAUGGUGGGUGAAGAUAUAUAUGAAAAGGAAUAAAAUAAACCAUAUUCUAAUGUACUUCACCUUGAUAAAAUUGUAAUUUUUUAUUUGCAUUUUCCUUGUGACAGGACAGUGUUGGUAUGAAAUUGUCUUUUGGAGUCCUUGAAGUUUACAUUAAUGUGUACUUUGCAAAGUGAAAUGCCAUGUGAUUGUUUACACAGAAAUAUGUUGUCUUCAGCCCACCCACUGUCCACUGCUUCUUAAUGAUAUUUGAUUUUAUGAAUAUAAAUAGGAAAGUUUGUGAACCAUGAAGAAUUAAUUAAAUUAAUAAAUUGAAAGCAAAAUCAAAGUUAGAAAUAAACAUUACUGCAUACAUCUCAAAAAGUGCUGUCACCAAGUCAUCAAUGCAGACAGUGAGGGGCUGAAGUAGUGUAUUCAGAGGCUGGAGUGUUAGUGAUGUUCAUUAUAGUUGUUGUUUUCAUCUCCAGUUAUCACGUGGUCUUGGUGAAGUGUGACUAAGUUUUUCAAAGGUGCUGUCACUUGUGUGUGUUUCCAAUAACAGGAGAGAGAGAGAGAGAGAGAGAGAGAAUCUUAGUUGAGAAGUGUAUGAAUGGAAUGAAAAGUUAGUUUGUAGGGAUGGGAUGUUUGUAUGUGCCUACAAGUCCAUGGGCAGGCAAACAGCAGGGUUCUCAUGAAUAUUGUCCUCAAGGGAAUAAGAACUUGGAUUCAGCUAAAAAGACAGGGACUACCAUAAAUGUUGACAUGUGAACAAGUUUUGUCGUGAUUAGAGCCAGUUUAUCAGCAAGAGAUUAUGAUUCAUUACUUAAGUGUAUGCUGUACUUUAUACUGGAAAUUCUUGUAUUCAUGAGAGGUUGUAUUGGUGUGUCUCUUCCAUUCCUGCCAUCUCUCUGGACCAGAGUCUCUGUUUUUGAUGAUAGUAACUUACACUUUGACACUUUGUUGCUUUGAAGGGAUUACUAAAAAAAAAAAAAAAAGAGCACCUUGCUAGAUGUCAAUGUGUGUGUGUGUGUGUGGCAGCAGGGUGUUGUAGGUUUGCUAGCCAUGACUCCUGAAAUAAUCAUUAUAAAGUUAGUGUGUGAAAUGUGCAAUUUUUAGCCUCUUUACCACACUUAUUUAUAUGUUUCCUGGGGAUGUCACAAUGAGUUGCCAUCCUUUCUUCAUGUGCUGGAUGAGUGAGAAUUAAUUUUUAGACAAAGCCUUUGACUACCUUUAGGAGAGAAAGAUUUUUCAUGAAUUGUAAAAUUAUGCAAAAAGAAACAAACCAAAAAAAGUAUACUUGUAAUGAAGAUAAUUAUACAGGUUCAUUUAGA